UCGAUCCUGCAUCCGACUAAAAAUAAAAAACAGUGUCCGUGGUGCUUCGGUCUCACCUAUACCCAUUGUCCGUUUCCCCUACCAACGUAAACAUACUCUAAAAGGUCCUAAUCUUGUCUACUAAUAAACCAGUCCAUCACAUGAAAUGUUGAAAAGAGUGCAAACAGUUUUGAUAACGGGUCCGCUGCGCAUCUUUUGUUCCAGAACUGCAGAAGUCACUUGAAGGUCUUCCCUCAGGAGGUUCUUCUUACAACAGAGAACAAAUACGGUAUCCAGGAUUUUCACUGAGCGAAAGUGUAUCCGAAAUCGUAAGUGAUGAACAGCGGGGGACCAUUCUGUCAGCUCCUUGUUCCCCUCCCAUUCCUCGGUGGAGUACGAGUUCAUCUUUCAGAUUGAUUCACCUUCAAUAUCCAAUAUGCCAUCUAUUUUUCCAUAAACAAUGAAGAUUUUAUUGGUAAAGUACUCUACAAGUACCAUUGGAUCUUUAGGAUAGCUGAUUGUCGGAGAGUAACAACCCGAGUUUGCCGAGACUCGUAACAUCAGAUGUUUUGCUUGAUAGUUGACGCAGCUUUGCAAAGUUUUUGAUCUGACAGGAUGGCGUCUCCUGUAGCAAAAGCUCCAGCGGUUGUUGUCGAAACAUUCAAAGAAGAGGUAAAUGGCAAUUACGAAGAUGGGGAGAAUGUGAACAUUAUCGUUCCUGGGAGUGAAAGGUUCGACACGGAGAGCCGCAAAGACAACAUGCUGGAUACCUUAAGAAAAAUGGGAGGACUGACUCCAAAGGUAACCAUCGGGGAAAAUAAAGGGAAGGUGCGACUGAGGACGACGCAGGAGCUUCGAGAAAUGCUUGACAAGAAUAAAAAAGAUUCCAAACAGUCGCCGAUACCAGAGGAAGUCGAUGACGCAGGCGGCCAGGGGAAAGAAAACGACGAUUACCCCUGGCGGAGGUUCUCCAACGAGGCGACGCGACGGGGGUUGCAUCCGCAGAGGUCGAGGAGUAAGAGCGAUGAAGGGAUGCCCCUGUUAAGCGCGUACGAUCACGAUGGUGGGUCCAGUCGAAGAUUACGAAGUCGACGACGACGACUGUACGCGAAGGACAAUGGUCUUGAUCUAGCACCUGAAGAGGAUGAAGAGGAAGAUGUCGAUAUUCACGCUGGUCGAGUGCGCAGGGGAAGCAUAAUGAUCCCGGCGAUGACUCCGAAAUCACGCAGCCGUGGUCGAUAUCGGAAAGGUAGUCAAGAAUUUGCAAUCGACGAGGAAAGCACCUACGGCGACGAUGACGCCGAUCUCGGCGGCAAGCGAGGCAGUCGAUCACAGCUCCUCACCAACACUGUCUUGAAAAAUGACCAGGAGUCGAAGAAGAGGCGGUCGAGAUCGCGACGGUCUUCGAUGAUGCCUCCGUCAGAGCAAGGUAAACUGAUGCCUUCUCGAGGUCGGUUUCUUUCGCUCCCUGGUUCGUCGAGGAGAUCGCGAAGAGGAAGCGUUUCUGACGUAGAAGAUGACGAGGAUGACGACGACGACGACGAUGGUAGUGGAUUUGACAGGCUUAAACGGGGUGGGUUCCUAUCAACCGGUGCCUCCAAUGAUAUACAGAAGACGAACAAGGAGCUUAAAGAGGAGAUGAGGAGACGGAAUAGGAAGCGCCUUAUUCGAAAAUUCAAGAUCUACUGCAAACUGAUAACCUCCUUUCAUCGACUUUGCCAGGCUUAUUUUCUCAGUGUGAACACAAAUAGUUCUGACUUCCAAGGCAUUCAUGGUUUACUGGACGAGCCUGAACAAGAACUACUCUUUGACGUCAGAAAAUUCAGAGCCAACAAGGAGUCUGGAAUAUCCGCUGAUGCGAGAAGAAUCCUUUCCACUCGACCGAGCAACAGAACGGAGAAGGAUACAUAUCAUGUACUGAUUUCGAUGAGGAACUACCCGACGUUUUGCGAGUAUCCUCUGGCAAUGCAGCAACAGAUUGUGGGUGUUGGUUUUUACGUGUCCUAUCAAGCACAAAGGAUCAUCCUCAGGCAAGGCCAUUGGGCAGAAAACUUCUACUUCAUACUCUCCGGUUCAGUGGUGGUGAGUGUGAUGGAUGAAGGAACGCAUCAGAAUCGAACUGUAGUCUAUCUGAACAGAGGAGAAACAUUCGGGGAACUUGGCCUCGUCAACCGAGCAAAAAGGCAGGCUACAGUCAUCGCAAGGGAACGCAUAGAGAUGAUCGUUAUCAAUGGAAAUGAUUACACAAGAAUCUUUAUGGCUGGUGGUCUUUCAACUCUUCUCAAUCCACAACAAAACGACAAUGCUUUUGUCAGAAACCUACGAUUCUUGGAAGGCUGGCCUCUCCAUCGGCUUGCAGAGAACCCAAAGAAAUGCAUCUUUUCCUAUUUCAAACGGGGAGAUGUUCUUAUUCGGGAAAGUAGAAGAUCAGAUUGGAUCAUCAUAGUAAAAUCGGGCAGCUGCCAAGUUAUGAAACUGCUACGGAAGGCAAGGCCAAAAUCAAGGCGAAAUAACACUGCUGACGAAGAGGACGACGCAACAAACAAACAACAGAAACGUUGGUCGAACCGUCUGACAUCAAAGGCCAUGGCUGGGACCCUCAUUGAAAACUUCGAACAACGCAAGAAACGAGAAGAGUUCGAAGACUUCAUGAAAGACCUCAACGUCAACGAAGACGGCUCAGCAAAGUCUCACAAUCGAGGAGAACAACGCACAUCAUCCGACGACUCAGACAAGAGAGAUGAGCAUGACGUCGAGAUCGACGAUGAAUGGGCUGAGGAAGAAAUCGACUUUGGGGAUGACGACGACAAGGAAACUGCGCCCCCAUCGAAUUCAAAGAGUCCAGUGGGUGAUAAGAAUUCUCCAACUAAACUUAAAUCGGCCUACCUGUCAAGGAAAAGAAGCAAGUCAAUGGAUGGCGUACCUAGUGUGUUAUUCGAAGAGGAGGAGGACAAUGGAGUUGAAGAGGGUGUUAACCCAAUAGCGGACAUUCUGUUUCUUCAUAACGUGCAACAGAAGGCCGAUAAACAGAAAUCGAAUGUCGGAAAGAAAAAAACUCUCCUCGACGACAUCGGUGGAUCCGAUGGCGAGGGCGUAGAAGUGGAUGAAAACACAGAGCCGAUAUGGGUUCGAGUGCAGACGCUUAUCAAAGGAUCUGUAUUCGGGUUGGCGGACAUGGCGUACGAGUCCCAGCCAAGUUUUGCAGUCAUCAGCAAUGGGGCCGAGUGCAUUCUCCUCUCCAAGAAACUCUAUAUGGAACAUGCCAGUAUGCGCAUGAUCAGUAAAUUACGUACUCAGUACCAGCGGUACCCACCGGAAGAAGAACUCCAGAUGGGGUUAGAGGUCAAACUCAAAUGGGACCUCUACAAGACCGAUACAUUGAAAGGGACCCUCAAGGAAAGCAAACUAAGAGACAGAGCAUCGAAAUUCAGAUGAUAUCAAAAUCAUUCUAUUGUGAAUCUAGCAUUAUGAUAUACAAAAAUAUUUGAAUAAACAUCUUGAGAGCAUUAUGAUGAUUAAAAAUCUAUGUUACUACACAUCUAAUAGUUAAUUGGAAUCAAGUAUGCAGCAUGAGUUAGUUUGUUUGAAUAUGGAAGUUGACUAAAAUAGAAUGGAGGGUAGCUUCAAGCUCCUAAGGCAUAUCAUGUCUGCAACUCCAGUGGCCUGUUGCAUAAACAUGAGAAAACUCUGGUAAAAACUGAAAACUAAGGUUAGUCUGAUUUCUGCCAUUGAAUUUAACACAGGGCAAAAACUCCGGUAAAAAUAACCUGAGUUUUCUCAGGUAAAAAGUUUUAUGUAACGGGCCCCAGGUAAACCAAAUGCAAUGGUUUCAUAUCCACUCUAGAUAAAACCAUGGUACUCAUAAGUGUAUCAGCGUUUCUGCCACGUAUGUUUCUUCUGAUUUGUUGUAAAAGCCAGAGUUCUAAGUAAACGAACGUGAUUAUUCCAUCAUAGGAACUGAGAUAAUUUGUUUCAUAAAACUACUUGUACAUUACGAAUGACUUUUGCGCACGACUGACUCACCCCUUAUUCUGUUACACGAGUUUCUCUGAGGAGUUUCUCAAUCAUAAUUUAAAAAUCCUCACAGGAUUUAAUGAAUUCUGAGCUUCUUCGGGAUUCUUGUGAAAAAAAAUGAAUUCGAAUUGUAAAGAUUUUUUUAAUUUUUUUUUUUAUAAAUGUCAAGAUUUGUUUAGAAUCGAAUCCUGACUUCACGUGACUAGUCUCACCAGGGUCCCAUUGCAUAAAAGUUACCAUUAUGGGUAACUUUGCCAUCCAAUGGUAACUUGCAUGGAAUCCUUGAUUCUGAUUGGCUGUUGAUCAGUGUUACCAUGGCAGCUACCUUUGGAUGGCAAAUUUACCAUAAUAGUAAUUUUUAUGCAACGGGGUCCUGGGGCCUUAGACAACGAUACCUCCUUUGUAAUUACCAAGUAUCGGUAAUUGGUUCUGUUGGGUAUAACUGGGGUUUAAAUUUGACGACGUCAAAGGAAUAAUAAUGAAUUCUUCAUCUUGUGUGUACAUAGCUAUAUUUUUCACAAUUUGCAAAUAAAAUAGAUGUUUUCUUAUCUAACAUGUCUAAAUCAAAAUGUAUAAUUUUAGCAUGAAAUGCAUCAAAGUCAGCUUAUUUCGAUACGUUGGAGAAUUGCUCUAAAGUAUGAAAAUGAACUUAUAUCUAUAGUAGAUUGCUACACUAAAGAUAAACAAAAUGAAAAUAUAAAAACAUUGGAAAUCUUCAUACGAAACCUAACACUUUAUUUACCAGGGGUAAAAGAUAUAUCCACAAUUGAAGUGUAUAUCAUGAGAAUGAUAAUACUUUAUAAAUAUAUUUAUUUGUAUAUGACUUGUAUAUGUUAUAUUGUAUAGCAUAUAACAUAUCUGAUUUGUACUUUAUUUGAAAAAAAAGUGUUUGUUUCAUGAGAAUUAGUGCCAAAUUUCAAUAAAAUGUUUUACCAUGUAACUCUCUCUUGAAAGUUUGAUGUUUUGCGUUCGAAUCGAACGCAAUAUAUUUUCAAAUCUAUUUACUAAGUCUGUGAAUGCGAAAUAAUACAGCAGAAGCGAGCAGAAGGCAGAAGAAAAUAGUGUUUUCAUAUUAUGAUAAGGAACACCUUUGUCUUUUUCAAAACAAAAAGUAAAAGCUUGUAACAAC